AUGACCGUGGGCGUUAUGGUGGGCGGCCAUGGGCGUGAGUGGGCCGCGUGCGUUGCUCCGGCCGCAGCGCACUCCGAAUCCUGCGCGGGCGCCGCCGGUGUCACUGACCCCGCCGUCACGCCCGUCGUCCACGUCACGGCCGGAGAGGACCUCCCGCGGGCGCUGUCCACCCGCGCCUGCCCCGCCCGCGACCUGUGCCUCAGCCUCACCCAGGAGAAGUUCCGGCAGCGGCGUCGCGCCCACGAGCCCGCGCUCUGCUUGCAGGUCAACGACGGGACUUUGGUCGCCCGGGACAACGUGCAGCUUUCGACAUGGCUGCCGCUGCUGCCUCUGGCCACCGACGUGCACGCAGAGGCGGCCACUCUGUCCUUCGUGCACUCGGGGCAGGGCGAGGCCGCGACGCUGAGGGCGACGCUGACGAGGGCCGUGAAGGUCGGGGAGACGCCGCCGCUCUGGUUCUCGUCGGAGGUCGCGGCUCAGCUGGGUCUGCCCUUCCUCAAUUUCUCUCACAUCAAAGAGGGCCGCUACGUGUGCCCCGAGUGCCAGCGGCAGUUCGCCGCGCCCAACCCCCUCAAGCUCCACCUGGCGGCCAGCUGCGACUCCCUCGACCCUCGCCUCCUGUGGGACCGCCUCCUGAGCUCCCCGCCGCGCCCCGCGCCCGCGCCCUGGUUCACGCCGCUCCUGGCUUCGCCGCCCCUCGCCUUGUCCGCCCUGACCUCGCGGGCGUUCCCCACCGCCGUCAGCGCCAAAGCGCCCCCCCGGCCCUCCUCCCCCGGGCCUCCGCCAGACCGGGCUCCCCAGGGGGCCUCAAACCGGUCUCCCCCGACUCCACCAGCUGCCAUGUGGGGUCCCCCCGCUCGGCCUCGCCCCCGCGCUCGCCCCCGCCCGCGCCCCUCCUCCAGGAGCCGCGCUCUGCCUUCAGGAGAGUCAGCUUCCCCGUCAGCCGCCACGACGGUCAGCCGCCCAGAUUCAGCGCUCUCUGCCGGCCGCCCACCCUGCUGCCGGCGGGCCCGUCCAGGGCGCGGCGCGAACCCCCGCCGUGGGCGCGCUCGCUCUGGCUCCCCGCUCCUCGGCCGUCACGCCCGAACUGCUGCUCCAGCCGCGCCUGCUGAUGACGCCCAUGAUUCCCGCCCGCAGCGAGGCUGCUUCCACGACCCAGCCCAUGAUGCCGACGAUGCCGCUUGCGGGCUGUGCUCGGCCGCUGCUGAGCGCGGCGCCCGCGCCCACUGCGGUGGACCCGUGCGCCGAGAUGGAGACGCUCGUGUCGAAUCUGGGCCGCAGCCGCCGCGGCCACUUGUGCCUGUACUGCGGGAAGGUGUACUCCCGCAAGUACGGCCUCAAGAUCCACAUCCGAACCCACACGGGCUACAAGCCGCUCAAGUGCAAGGUCUGCCUGCGGCCUUUCGGGGACCCGAGCAACCUGAACAAGCACGUGCGGCUGCACGCGGAGGGCGAGACGCCCUACCGCUGCGACCACUGCGGCAAGGUGCUGGUCCGCCGCAGGGACCUGGACCGCCACAUCCGGUCCCGCCACCCCGAGGUCCCUUCGCCGCCCACGCGCGCCCUCACGGACACCGAGGACGAGGACACGGACGAGGGCGACGGCGCGGAGGACAAGGCCACCGCCGUCGAGGAGGACUCCCGGGUGGUGGCGCUCACGCAGGAGGCCGGCGCCGACGCCAGGUAGUGAGCCUCAGGGCAUCAGAGGCAGAAGGAGAGUCAUAGAGUCGCCAAGUAGAGUCUAUCGGCCGGUCAGUUCAAAUCAUGCGA